CAGUAAUUGUUUACAAAUUGUCAUUUAAACCCAAAGACUUUUAUUUUGAAAACUCAAAAGUAAGUGACUAGGUUGCCGUUUGCUUAUGGUGUAAGAUUUUUUAUUGUAAACUUCUAACCGGCGAUUUAUUGUCAUCGGAAUUGGAGAUUGAAUCUUCAAUGCAAGGUAUCAGACUGAUUCCUGCGUUUAAAGGUCUCAGACACUUUGCCACAACUACGAUGAGGCGAGCAGUGUCUGAGUUUCAGAUGACUGUCCCAUGGGGAGAGGUCAGAGGUCAAGUUUGGGGACCUGCUCAUGGUCGUCCGGUGCUCUGCUUGCAUGGUUGGGCAGACAACAGUGGAACUUUUAAUAGGCUGAUUCCACUUCUUCCAAAUGACUGGAGAUUUGUCGCCAUUGAUUUUGCGGGUCAUGGCCUGUCCUCCCAUAGGGCUGCUGGUUGUUUUUACCUCUUCACUUUGUAUGUGGCAGAUGUUCGGCGAGUUAUUGAAGCUCUUCAAUGGAAGCGGUUCUCCAUAAUUGGACAUAGUAUGGGUGGGAAUGUGGCAGGAAUGUUCAGUGCACUGUACCCCGAGAUGGUUGAAUCUUUAGUUAUCUUGGAUUCUUAUGGAUUCCUCCCAACCAAAAUGAAUUCCAUAAUGGAUUACAUGCAACAAGGGAUAGAUGGGAUAGUCCAAUAUGAAAAAGGGUCGGCUGAACGGACAGAGAAGGUGUACACGUAUGAGAAUGCCAAACAGAGGUUAAUGGCUGCAAACCGUUUCCUUUCUGAAGAGUCUGCAGACAUCCUUUUAGAGCGAGCAGUUCGGGAAGUUGAGGGAGGAGUGGUAUUCAACCGAGACUUCAGAAUUAACCUGAGAAACGUAGCAAUGGUUACGCUGGAACAGAGCCUGUAUAUGCAGACUAAAAUUCAAGCCAGAGUGAUGUUACUUAAUUUUUUUCCUCAGGGCAAGCCAGGGUUUGAUAAACAGUUCCCUUUUCAUUAUGGAUAUGCAGAUGCCCUUCAGAAGGGUUGGUUAGAGCAGAAAGCCACCAUUGUAGACGUAGAAGGAGACCAUCACGUUCAUCUCAACAAUCCAGAAACUGUUGCCCCCUUAAUCACGGAUUUUCUUCAGUCUUACAGUACUGACCAGGCAAAGAAUGACAGUGAUGGACAGACCGCCAAAUUAUAACGCGAAUGCUGCAUACACAUUGGCUAAUUCCUUUAUUCUUAUUACUAAUCACUAAACGCUUAAUUGUUUUGGAGAUUACAAUUUUAGGUUUUCUUUUAUAAAAAAGUUUUAACAGAACAAUGGAUAUAUGGCUCUAAACUAAUAGCUUUUCUUGUUUAGUUAUGACUACCACUACUUUAGUGAUUGAGGUGUGCAGGAUGUUACCACCUGCUGAUGUGGACAGUGUUGUGUUUACACAGAUUUUUUGUUGAUGUUAUUUCACAAAAUGUAUUCAGAGCAAUUCUGCAAAACACCUGUCUGUUUAAAAGGUAAUUGUAUAUUCCAGACAGACCCAGAUUAUUAUUAAUCCAGAAAUGUAUAUGCAGCCACCAUACUUCUGACAGGGUAAUUUACACUGCUUAAUAAGAACAAACUUUUGUGUUUAGUUGUUUUCGCUGUUGGUGUUUGUUGGGACACUUUGAAGAUGACCGUGUGUUUCCCAGUGUUCUUCAUCAAACAGACGACUUUAAAUGUCUGACAUGUUGGUGCUUGUAAAUGUUUGAACCAGAACAAAUGUAUAAAAAGUGCCUUUAAGUUUC